CUUCAUGAAGAUCGUAAUGAAUUACAGCAGCAAUUCAACCGGGAACAGUCUGUUCAUAGAGAAAUCCUCAACAACCAUCUUCACAGAAAUCAUGAAGUAGAAAAGGAGGACAAGAAAGCAUUAAAAAAUGCAGAGGUUGUUGCUCACCUUUGUGAUGUUAAUGACAACGAAAAAGAUGUGAUGCAACAAAAUCAUUCACUACAAGAUGAAAUUACUGUACUUAAACUUGAAUUGGAUCGUGUCCGUGAACGGAAUCAGGAAGAACAGGCAAAGUAUUUGGAGCAGAUUGAGGCUUUGAAAGAAAAACUAGAUGAUACAAAAAAGGAUUUGAAGUUUAACGAAGAAGCUUUAACUCACACCGCUUUACAAUAUAAUAGUCAAUUGAAUUCAUUGAAGACUGAAAUCUCAAUGUUAACUUCCAAACUUGAACAUGAGAAACAAAACAAAGAAAAACUGGAGACUGAAAUGGAAGCUGUCCGUUCACAGUUAAGUAUAGCACUUAAAGAAUUAGAACGGAGUCAGGCAGCUAAAUGUGAGUCUGAACAAAUUCUUCAAAGGGAGCAUGAUGAAUGGCACCAUUCAGAUGAAAAACGGAACUAUGAAAUUUCCAGUCUCCGUGAGACUAAUAACGGCUUGUCACAGAAAUUAAGUAAAGAGGAAGCAAAGGCCAAUAAGUUAGAUAGUGAACUUCAUCGUGCAACACUUUCUCUUGCUGAAAAAAACCUAAUGUUGGAGAGUGUUCAGAGGAACUUGAAUCAGUCUCAGGCUCGCAUAAAUGACCUAGAACACACCAGUCAACUGCAAAAAGAACAGAUAAGCAAAUUUACAGUUCGUCAGGAGUCUAUGCAAGAGAGAUUGGCACAAGCGCAAAGCGAAAUUAUGCUAUUGCGGCAGCAGCUUGAAGAUGCACAGAACAAAGGUAUCAUGAAGGAAAAAGCAGUCACUGAUGUUCAGGACCGCUUCAGUGACAUAUUUUCUAAACUUCGAAGAGAUAGCGAACGGCAGAUAUGUUUAGUGGAAGAGAGGAAUAAGGAACUAGUGAGCAAGACCAUUGAACAAAGAGAACAAAUCUGCAAGUUUGAAAAUGAGAAGAUAGAGAGAGAGACUACAUUGAGGCAGCUUCAACAAGAGCUUGCUGAUGCACUAAAGAAACUUUCAAUGUCAGAGGCCUCACUGGAAGUAACUACACGCUAUCGCAAUGAAACUGAGGAAGAGAAAACACGUUUGCAGAACCAAUUGGAGAAGCUUAAAAUCGAGCUGCAGGGCAUGCAAGAUAGGUGCAUACAGUCAGAGAGGAAAAUCCAGCUCCUACAGAAUACACUGGAUGAUAAAGAACGUGAUUUAAUUGCUGCUUCUCAGAAAAUGCAAGAUGUUUUGUCAACUUCUUCACAGACAAAGGAAGCUGCAAAGCAACUUGAAGAACAUGUACAACGAUUAGAGAUUGAAAAUGCAAAAUUGGAGUCUGUCGCAAAACAGCAGGCAAACAAGUCUGAACUAAUGGAGAAAGAACUUCAAGAUACUGCAUCAGUCCGCACUCGUCUAGAAGACUUGAUAACAAGUUUACAAGGGGUAAAGGUUAACUUGGAAGAUCAACUCGGUCAGGAGGUGCAAAAACAAACUAUGUUAUCACAAAGUGUGAAAGAUUCUCAUCAACUGUGGGAGGAAGAAUUGAAAACACGAUGUAAGCUUGGACUUCGACUUUCUCAGUUGGAUAAAGAAAAAGAUGAUUUGGCAGGGCAGGUAAAAACAAAUUCGGAACCAAUA